GAAAAAACGACGACAUUUAACGAGCUGUUUUAGUGAAAGUGUGGAUAUAUUAAUAUUACUCAUUUUAAGAGAACUCUCCGGUCCUGGCUUUUUCUUUCUUUUUUUUUUUUAAUGGAAUUCAAGAGAGCUCCUUGCUCUUGUUGAAGUUGUGGUAAUUUUUAGGGUUUAUCACCCAAAUUUCGAUUGCAAUUGCCAAUUGUAAUUAUUCUAGUAGUAGUAGUUUAGGGCUAAUGAACGUUGAAGAUUGAGCUCUUAAAGCUGCAUCGAUUGGAGACUAAUUUUUGCAUUGCUAAGUAAUGUGGACCAACAUCUUCAGAAUUGGCGGUCUUCAUCACGUAUCGUGGUUCCAAUUUCUCCCUAUUGAAUCCGAUUUGACAACUUUACCUGAUAAAAGUGCAAAGACAGAGCAGAGAGAUGGUGCUACACUUGAAGUUCUGCAUUCACAUCUACAGCUACAAAAGGACGGGUUUCUCAGCACUUGGACAAACUGUUUUGUGGGCCCAUGGGAUCCUUCUCAGGGAAUGCACAAUCCUGAUGAGAAAAUUAAGCUUUGGCUUUUUCUUCCUGGGCGCCAUUCAUGCAUUGCUGAAACUGCUCAAGCUGCAGUCUGUAGAUUAAGAGUUGUUGCCUCUGGAAUCUGGAUUUCUCCGGGUGAUUCUGAAGAGGUUGCAAAUGCUUUGUCACAGGCACUAAAAAAUCGGUUGGAAAGAACACUUAUGGAGCUCUCAUAUCUAAGAUUUGGUGAUGUAUUUUUGAGAUACCGGCCCUUUUCACAAAGUGAAGAACUAUUCAGGAAAGGUCAACCAACAAUCGAAUUUGUCUUUGCUGCUACUGAAGAUGCCAUUUUUGUGCAUGCUAUAUUAUCAACAAAGCAUGUACGAACCAUUUCUGGUGGUGAUUUGGAGAAAGUGUUGAAGCUUUCCUCGAGUAGCCUUGGCCAGAGACCUCCUGUGAUAGUUUCUCCUCAUGGAAUGUGUGGCAAAAUUACUGGGUGCUGUUCAAGUGAUCUUGUGAAGCAGGUGUUUGUUGGCUGUGGCACAUCAAGAACGUCAACUGGAUUGGUAGGAUUGCCGUAUCCUGUUGCUCGCACAUCUGGAUGCAAGUUACGGGGACAGAAUUAUUACUUGGAAGUUACUGUUGGUCGCAAUAUACCUAAAAGUGAAAAAGGGGAAUUGCCAAAUUCAAAUAUUGACAGAUGCAAUCACCCAACAUCCGGGUCUCCUUCCAAUGUUAUAGGGAACCAGGAAGUAUCCACUGGCAAUCAUCAUUUUUGUGAAAAGACAUUCAUCUAUCCUCCUGAAGCAGUUCUUGUCCCAGUUUUGCAAGGCUCAUAUGCAAGAUCGUCUUUAAAAAGAUUUUGGUUACCAAAUUGGAGGGGAUUGUCGUCACCCACUUUGACUCUUUUUAGUUGCGGUGGCUCUGAGACAGACAACAUGGUUGAUUCAUGGUCUGAAUCUGAUGAGAUCAGCUUGCAACGUGGUCUAAACAGUAGCAGCAAUAGUAAUAAUAGUAGCAUCAGCAGCUUAAGUGGUAGCUCAAGUGAUAGUGACUGUAGAGCCAAGGCAACAUCGGGUGACCUUGAAGCUGAUGCUGACUCCUUAAUUGGCAGACAGUCUGGUCUAUCAUCUGUUGGUGCCAUGGAAACUACUGGUGUUAAGCAGGGUGCAAAACGUUCACGCUCAGGAGCAGACGAUUCAUAUGUACAAACAGGUAGUAUGAUAAAUGCUUCCACACAAGAUUACAGCAAUUCAGGGAUCACAGGAAUUGGAAAUGAUCAAAUUGGCUCUCAGUGGGACUGGGAUGAUGAUGAUAGAAGUGUAGGCAUGGACAUACAAGCUCUUCUUCUUGAGUUUGGUGAUUUCGGUGAUUUCUUUGAAAAUGAUUCAUUGCCGUUUGGAGAGCCCCCAGGAACCGCAGAGUCUCAGGCACUCAUGAUUUCUGGUCAAGAUUGUGGAGAUGGAGGUGGAAGUCCCUCAGGUGCCCUUAUGGAUGUUCCGGAUCAGAUGAUGUCUUCAGGUUUUCAAAUGUUUGAAAGCUUUCAACCUUCUUCGAUGGGCAUGGAAGAGUGUGUUAGUACUAUUCAAGAAGCCACAAAAAGUACUUCUUCAUCUGGUCCUGUGAGCUGUGCACCAGCAGUUUCAACUGGUGAAGUUGAUCAUGUAAUUAAAGCUGAAGCAUUAUUGACUUUUGCUCCUGAAUAUGGAGCAGUUGAGGCCCCUUCAAGUGAGCUUUCCUCAACUGUGUUUAGAAGCCCCUACCAGCCAAAACCUGAGAAAGCUGAGAGUAUAAAAUCAAGUGGAUAUAAUUAUGUUUAUGGCGCAACACCACCUUUAUCACCUGGCUCCAAUGGGUCUGAUGAAAAUGUUGGUACGACGGCUGAUUCCAAAAUACAUCCUGGAAAACAUGAUAUUGGUUCUAUUCUCCAGAAAUUUUACACCCAGAUUGAUAGAGGUCAAACUCCAGUGGAUAUAAAGUCUGUUAUGAGUAACAAUUCAGUGAUUUCUUCUGAGGGGGAAUCUUUGUCUUUAUUUUCUGGUUUCAACUCUGCUACUUCUGUUAAAGCUAUUAAAAAUAUGGUUGGUGAAGUGGCUAAUAGUGCUAAACACCUACUGAUUUCUCAACAAACAAUCCCUGCUGUUGAACUUGAAUGCUUAAUGUUCCAGGCGUUCAUGUGCAGGAUCCGACAUACCUUACUAUCUCUUUGUAGUUCUGCUUCUACAACCUGGAACAGAUCCAUUGACAACAUGGCAUUGGGACAAUUUUCUGGUGAUCCUAGUGUCACCCUUGAAAAUCUGCCCAUUAAAUCUGAAUUGAAAAAGAAGGAAUCAAUACCAGUCAGAAUUGCUGGUAAUUUUGAUGGAGGGAUGCUUGAUAGUCCUUAUAAUGCACCCAUUGGAGUUUGGCGCUCUGUUGGAACGACUAAACCUACAAAAGCUGCUAAUUCACUUACUGCUGAGGCUUUCUCUUCCUUAUCACAUAAGAAGUAUACCGAGGAAACCAUGAAUGCAUAUCAGAAUAGGCAGCCACUUCAAGAUUUUCUUGAUGCCAUGCCAUUGCUUGUCCAACAAGCUGCCUCUUUUGUUGAUAUUGCAUUUGAUGGUGAAUUUGUUGAUGGUCCAUACAGCUGGCUUGCUUUACAAGAGCAGGGAAGGCGGACAUUCUCGUGUGGGCCGCAAAUGGUUCAUGCUGGUUGUGGUGGUGUUUUGGCAUCUUGCCAUUCUUUUGAUAUUUCUGGUGUGGCUCUGCUUGAUCCUGUUUCAGCUGAUGCUCAGCCAUCAUCAGUUCUAAGUUUGCUGCAGUCUGAUGUGAAAACAGCUUUGAAAUCUGCAUUUAGUAACUCAGAGGGUCCUUUAUCGGUUAUGGAUUGGUGCAAAGGUCGGUCUCAGUCAGUAGAUGUAGGAACUAUAUCCGAAGCCAUAUCUGCUGAAUCCAGUUUAAGCGAAUAUAGAGAAUCUUCAAAUGCGUCAGCAAUAUCUAUGGGUAACCCAGUCAGCCCGUCACAGCCCUCUGCUGGUAUCCCUUCUGGCUUGAGAGAUGGAAGUAAAGGGGAUGACACUAGUCAAAGAAGGUCAAGCCAGGAGCUCUGCAUGUCAGAUUCAGAGCUGCAGCCUGAGUUGCGGAGGAGGCCUACCCUGUUUGUCAUUCCUCAUUCCUCUAUCCUUGUUGGAUACCAAGAUGAUUGGCUGAAGACAUCAGCAACUUCUUUGCAACUAUGGGAAAAGGCUCCUCUUGAGCCAUAUGCUUUCCGGAAACACGUUUCUUAUUAUGUUAUUUGUCCAAAUAUUGAUCCCUUGACUAUGGUGGCUGCUGAUUUUUUUCAAGAACUAGGAAGUGUUUACGAGACAUGCAAACUGGGAAGCCAUUUUCCGCAUGCUCUUGGAAAUCAAAUGGAUAUAGAUACGGGGAAGAGUUCAACUUCUGGUUUUGUUGUUCUUGAUGUCCCUCAAUCAAUGAAGGUUGAUAGUAGUAAUGCCUCUGUUAUGGGAUCAAUUAGUGACUAUUAUCAUUCUAUAUCAAGUGGUUGGGAUCUUGGAAGCUAUCUCAGAUCUCUUGCAAAGGUUCUCAAGGGCUUACAAGUCGGGUCUGGUUUGGCUGGAAAUACAAAAGAAGGAACUAAUAGUCCUUGUACUGUGAUCUAUGUUGUGUGCCCAUUUCCUGAUCCAGCUGCUGUUCUGCGUACUAUUGUUGAAUCUUCUGUAGCUGUUGCUUCAGUGAUAUACUCAUCUGAUAAUGACAAGAGAGCCAUGUUGCACAGUCAGGUGGCACAAGCUUUAAGCCAUGCAUCAGGUGUUGAUGAAGCAUCCAUAUCAAAUAUUCCUGCACUCUCAGGGUUUAGUGUUCCUAGAUUAGUUCUGCAAAUUAUUCCCAUAGAUGCAAUUUUCCGAGUUACAGCUCCAAGUCUUAACGAACUUGUUAUGCUUAAAGAGAUAGCUUUUACUGUUUAUAACAAGGCUAGGCGUAUCUCGCGAGGAUCCUCUAAUGAUAUUGUACAUUCAUCACACUUUUCUGGUAGAUCUUCAUCAAUGUUGGCGAACAUGGCCAAUCCGAUUCCGAGUAUGUGGAAAGAUUGUGUUGGUUCUCGCAUUUCAGGUCCAUCGCUAUCAAGGGAAGCUGAUCUUGAUCCUGGGUUGAGGGCUGGAGCCUGGGAUAACACAUGGCAAAGGGCUGGUGGAUUAGGUUGUGACCCCAACCGAAGUGCAGAAUCUUUCUUUCUAGAGGAUGCCCAUUAUGUGUUUGAACCACUUUUUAUUUUGGCUGAACCGGGCUCUGUGGAGCUGGGGGUAUCGCCUACGCUCAUUGGUAAUAUGGGUACAGAUGAUAGCAAUGGAGGAUUUUUGCAGAGUUCAACACUAUGUGGAGAUACAGUGCCCAGCUCCCAGCUUGAUGCAUCUGAAGGUGAUUGCUUUGGAUCUGGCCAACAGAAGUCACCCCCAAGCCUGCACUGUUGCUAUGGUUGGACGGAAGAUUGGCGUUGGCUGGUGUGCAUAUGGACCGAUUCUAGAGGAGAACUGCUGGACAAUCACAUUUUUCCUUUUGGUGGAAUUAGUAGUAGACAAGAUACCAAGGGCAUGCAAAACCUUUUUGUCCAAGUUCUUCAACAAGGUUGCCAACUACUUCAGGCCUGUGCUUCUCCAGAUUCAGGUGUGGUGAGAGCAAGAGAUUUUGUGAUUACAAGGAUUGGGUGCUUUUAUGAGCUAGAAUGCCAAGAAUGGCAGAAAGCACUCUAUUCAAUCGGUGGGUCAGAAGUUAAAAAAUGGCCAUUGCAAUUACGGCGAGCAAGUCCAGAUGGUCUACCAACCAACAGCAACGGAGCGUCCCUUCAGCAGCAGGAAAUGGAUAGAAGCUUACCUUCUUCCCCUAAUCCACUGUAUAGUCCACCCUCAAAAUCUUCUGGCUUCAUGAAAGGAGGACUGGGACAAAAUGCAAGUAGAAAGCAGCUUAUUGGUGGGCCAGCGGUUGUUGAUUCCUCAAGAGGAUCAUUGCAGUGGGUACAGAGCAUUAGCUUUGUCUCAGUAUCCAUUGACCACUCUCUACAGCCCGUCUCUCAAGCUGAUGCCUAUACUGGGAACAAUCAAGGUAAUACCACUGUGGGUUCAUUGAAUUACUUGGAAGGAUUUACCCCUGUUAGAUCUCUUGGUUCUACCACAGCCUCUUACAUUUUGAUCCCAUCUCCUAGCAUGCGCUUCCUCACGCCAUCCCCUCUUCAGCUUCCAACUUGCUUGACCUCAGAAUCACCCCCUCUGGCUCACCUCCUUCACAGUAAAGGCUAUGCGAUUCCACUUUCUACCGGUUUUGUAGUAUCAAGAGCUGUUCCGUCACUUAAGAAAGACAUCAAGAACCAUAAAGAAGAAUGGCCUUCUUCUCUUUCAGUUAGUCUUGUUGAUUUUUAUGGAGGUUGUGGUUUUCCAAAUGAUAAAUUGGGAAGAUCACUUUCAAAACAGGCAGCCAGAGGCAUAGUUUCUGAUGCUAGGGAGAAUGAAGUAGAGAUCCAUUUGAUUCUCGAGUCUGUUAUGGCUGAGCUCCAUGCCCUGUCGUGGAUGACUGUGAGCCCCGCAUAUCUCGAGAGACGUUCGGCACUUCCAUUUCACUGUGACAUGGUAUUGAGGUUGAGAAGGCUGUUAUAUUUUGCCGAGAAGGAUCUAUGUCGUCUGCUACCUGAAAAACAAGUAUAGUUCCUUUCAUUGAACAGUUUCAUAGAAUAGAUAGAUUAUCUACAUUAAGUUGGUCUUUCUGAGUUGAUUAAAUUAAUUAUUCAUCUCGGAUAUGUAAAAUUUGUGUGUCAUCUUCUGGUGAUUAUCCCAUUCCCAUUCCCAGUCCUCACCAAUGGAAGAUGAAUUGUAGAGAAGCAGCAAAAGAAAUUUAGCAUUAGGAAAGGUGUAUAUGAUUAAUUGGAUUCGUUAAUUCCAAUUAAAUAGCAAAAAUAUUGUAAGUUGAAUUUCGCUGUAAUGUCAAUUGUUUUGCUAAUUCUUUAGGUA